UUGUCUCCUUUAAUAUUGACUUUCUACCUCCAUUUAGUAAUGUUUAGGAGAGACUUAUAUGUCGCCUUAUAUGUUGCCUUACUCCAUUGACAUGUGGUAUAACCAGAGAGUUCACACGGGCAGGCCAUAUUUCUACACGGCUGUCUACUUUUGGUCGUGUAGCGUACUUUGUGUCACUUAAUCAAACGCCGCAUUUUAGGACUUCACACGGGCAGCUGGGGAUUGCACACGACCGUGGGGCCUGGCCGUGUGAUCGUGCAGAACUGGGUUUUUAACCCAAUUUCGGGUUUUUUUGAAGAGGGAGACGAUUUUCCAGAGCAAAAACAGAGUCGUGAAGAGAGAAAGUGCCAAGAACAAACCCUAGAGGUGAUUUUGGAGCUGGGUUUCAUCAAUUAAGCUUGGAUUCAUCCAUGGAGUGAAGAUUAUCAUCCCAGAGCAUAUUCUUCCCAUUGUUAUGAGUAUGACUGCUUUGUAUUCUAUUUUCUUCUCUUUCUAUGGAGUUGAACUCUCUCACUUGGGUUUGAAGAACUCUAGUUCCAUGUGUUAGGGAUAUUGAUUGUAAUGACUUUUGGAUUGAUAUACUUUUUGAUUAUAAUUCAUUGAGUCAAUUGAAGCUUGAUCAACUUUUCUUAAUUUCUGCUGCAACCUGAGAUAGAUAGAAUUUGAUUAGGUUGUUAAAGCUUAUCAAUCGGUAGUAGUGAAUUGAUUAUACGAGAGUUAGUCACUUCUAUGUUAAUUGCCUCAGCAGUCUAUCCCGGUGAAGGCUAGUCACCUAUCUGUUAGUCUGUCUGAGAGGGCUUGGUCAGCUUAAGAGAUUCCAAACUACCGUCGGAUCUUCAGCAGUUUAAUCAAUAGUAAAUAAACCAAAGGAAAUUACAACUUUGACCUAACUAAGGAGCUAGGGGGACUCGUUCCCGAGAGACUCUUCCCUUGCUUAAGAACUUUGACAAUUUCCUGCUUUCUUACUGCUUUUGUUUAGAAUCACUCUCUCUACACUUAGUCCCGCUAGAUAAUAGGUAAUCACGGAGUAGGCAGUAGAUCUAGACCCCGGGUUGAUUAAGUAAACUUACCACUAUUCUGCAUUUCCAAUCUGUGACUACACUUGGUCGCAGUUUGGUGUUGUGUCGUAGCGUGUCGAGUUUUUGGCGUCAUUGAUGGGGAACUCUAGGUUAUUGUAGAAACGUGAAAGUCUGUUACUUUAGCAUUUUUCUUUUCUUUUCCACCCUUGCUUUGCACUUGGGUGUUUGGUUUUUGUUGGUGCAGAUCUCAAACAUGGAUCCUCAUGGCAUCUCCAGUCAUUGGGGGUAUCAACCACCAUCCGUGUGGUAUAAUCCCGAGACUUCCUGGAGCAAUCAAGGAAGAGAAGACUAUGGAUUCGAGUUUCAGUACCAAAUCCCCUACUACGGAGAACAACCAGACCCUUGAGAACCUCAAGAACAAUCUCCUUUUCAAGAAGAAUUCCUCCCACAGCCAGAGGGGCCGUUUGAGAUGGAGUUGUCCAUGGCGGCCUUCAGAGGCCAUUCUGCAGAGCCAUGCUACACUCCACUGGCAGAUCCGAACAAACAAUUGAGGCUUCUCGUGGAGAAGUUUGCUCGAGACAGUGAGAGAUCAUGCUCCAAGAUGGAUAUUCAAAUCCAAGCCCUUGCCCCUUAUAUGAUCCCUCAUUUCUCCAUGAAAUGGAGGAGGAUGUUCAGUGCUCCGCGAAACAAAGAGAGUGGGUGGAGCAAGUUUGCACAGAACCUGCUUAAGAUCACCCUUCUGCUACCACACUAGAAGAGCUGGAGGAUGACGAAGGCUAUGGGGUUGUUGAGGAGCAUACAGAAAUUGUCACAGAAAACUCCCUUGAUAAUCAUGAUCAGGAAAGUCCUCUGGUGGCAGAUCACACCUUUCCUCAUUUCUGCUCUAACAUGUUGGGCUCGUGCGAGAAGAUGCAAGAUGAUCCCAUUGAAGAAAUUUGUUACACCCCGCUCUUCCCAAAAGUCAAAAUGAAUAUUAUGCCCUUGG